CUGUACCCAUUGCCCGCCAAUGCACACCAAGAUGCACUUGCCAGUAAUAAUGGAAGUAGAGAAUGCAAGGGAGACGGACGGAGGUCUGAGUGGGUAUACAAAUCUCAAUUAGGAAUAUGCUAGGGUUUAGGAAAUAAUUUAACAAAAGGAUUAUUCUUGCAAACUGAAGAACAUAUUGGGAGAUUUUUUCCCCUUUUUAGGGGUCGCAAACCUAUGUGAUGUUACAGCUAACGCACCGUUGACAGCACACAAAAAACAAUUCGAAUAAUUUCACUCACCGGCAACGUAGGGAAGAUGGAGAAUAUGGAACUGGUCUGAACGGGCUACAUGAAGGCGUUUCAGUUUGGUUUGUUAAACAUAGAAACAAACCUGUCUGAAGACUGAGCUGGCUUCAUGUUUCUUCUGUCGCUGUUGUCAUCAGAUCUAAUGCAACCCACAUGCCAAAUGUUUGCUUCUGCUUCUGUAUUGUAGUUGCUUUUAAGAUCUACGCAUCCAAUAACAACAUCAGUUACAAAACAAUUUUGGAUAACUGAGCCGAUUAGGAGGCCCAAAAGAUGAUCUGUGUAACUCAGGACCGAUAUGGAUUGAAUGCACAAUUAUAAGGGUAAAGGAUUUUGCCCACUGGCAACUUACUUCCAGUAUUGAAAAACAGGGAAGAAAAAUGUUUCCGUAUUCGAGUUUGGUGGUCUAUACCGUAGUCUCUGUUGCUACAAGCUUCUUGGUUACAACAUCUAGGGUUUCUAUAUGGAUUAUAGGCAGCCUGCACACCUAUGUUCAUCCAGAGAAUGUUGUGAAUGGAGAUGGAGGAAAUGUGAGGGCAGCCAUUAGGAGACCUGAAGAUAAUAUAGACACAAAUGAAAAUGCUUCUAAAUUGAAGGAAAGGUCAAAACUAAACCCAUCGAAAGGUUCGAAAAGGAAAAAGGAUAAGCCUAAAGAAAAAACUGAUUUCGAUGAAACUAAUGCCCAGAUAUUUAGAGUUAGACUAGCUGAGUCACAGAUCCAGACAAGACAGUACUUUGCAGAGUAUGAUGAAGCUGUAAUAUAUGCUUCAUUAGGUCUUUCUAACCUUCUCACAUAUCAGUUUCUCCCUGGAUGCUUAUCAUCCGAUGAUAAACAGGCUUCUGCUAUGUUUUUUAGGGGUGACCUGGUUCCCAUUCUCGUGGGAUCCUUUGCAAUAUACAAGUUAGCUAGGUUUCUUGGCAGGGUAUCUUCGGACAGGUACACGUCAAAAAAAUCAGAAAAGCUAUUGAGUAUUUUUGUGGGUGUUUUAGGGUUCCUUAUAUCUCUAACAAUUCUUUCAGUUUCUGCACCUGGAUUUGUUGACCUCAGAGUUGGUGUCAGCAGCAUUGCAAAAUCAAAAGAUAAAGACGGAAGUGAGAUGUCUUUUGAAUUUGGUUUUUUGAAGUUUCUCCUGGCAUGUUUUUCUGGUUGGCUUUGUGGUCUUCUCUUCAGCCCUGCUCACAAGGCUGUUCGAUCAUUCUGGCUCGGUACGGAUCAACUACAAUGGAACUUGUCUGUCAUUGGUUCUGGCAAAGUCACUCGAGUUUUGUUCUACCUGAAUAUCAUGAUGCCUGUCUUUACAUCCUUACUUUGGAUUAACCCAAUGGCCGAUAUCUUUAUCUCAGAGUCCAGUCAGAAACAAGGAUUCAAAAAUAUGAAGCCUAGGAUUCUUCCAUAUGAUAAAAACCCAAGGGGCCUACAACCUGGCACAGAAUACUCUGAUGAUCUGAUUGGGCAAAACAUUGAAGUUGAUAAUACAGGUAUGCAAGAUUCUGGACACCAAAGCGAAAUGAGAAAGUGCUCUGAGACAAAAGAGGGAUUUUUAAGUCAAUGUGAGCAUACAUUCUAUCAGAGGCAAAUGAGUGAAAUCAGUAAUUCUGAAAAGAAUCUAGAUCCGAAGUCAGACAUGUCUGAUUCUGGUAUGUUUUACAAUGAAGGAGAAGAUAUAAAAUGGUAUUCCUGGAGAGCCUCCUAUUCAUUCCAUCAAGAAAAUUGGGCUCAGCAGAUUGGCAUGUCUCCAGCAUCUUUUGAACAAUUUAGGAUUUGGUGUUUAUUAUUCACUGGAGUGUUGCAACUGUUGCUAGUGCGGUCCAAUUUGCAGAUGUAUUUAAAUGAAGCUGUUUUAAUCUGGUAUCAGAGGCUGCAUGGUAGCAAGGUUCCCAAUCUUGACUUUAGCAGGGCAAAACUCUUUCUACAUAAUUAUUUCAUCUGCCAGGUUGCAUUACAGUUCUUCAUUCCAGGUUCUUUGGUAUUGCUAUUUGUAGGCUUGUCUCGGACGAAGAGUAUUGAUAUUGGUCCAAACUUGCCAGGCAGCUUUCUUGUUUCAUCAACGUUUGUUCAAGAAGCAGCCAUUUUCAUGGCUUGGUGGAUGCAAUCUGUGUGGGCUGCACUAACCUGCUUGAACCUUGCUCUAUAUCGUCUUGGAUUUUUGAUGGUUUCAUAGUCUUGUAAAAGAUUUUCUGUCAAUGAAUGCCGUGACUGGCAGAAUGUUUUGGGGUGUUUUUGGGCAGAUUUUGUUAAUGAAGUUUUUGGCAUGGGUUGGAAAUUUUGGUGAGUAUGCUAUGCUGUUGUGGCUGAGUUUGAGGUGCAUUUGUUACCUUUCUAUUUGAAAAUAAGACAUGCACGACAGUUUUAAACUUUAGAAAGGUAUAUUCUUGUACUCUACUGAAUGGUCAUAUUUUGCCCGUCAUUGAUAAACAAUUUUUCUUUUUAAA